AGACUCCCGGCGGCCAUUUCUCCAUUGAUUGCGUCUGCUGCUGGCUGUGAUAUUUACGCUGCGCCCGCCGUGUCUGCGCACCAUGACCCCCGCCUGACGCCGCAUUUCAGCCGCCACCAGCACGGAGAUGGUGCCCGGGGAGGACAGCCACCUCGUACCCACAGAGGGUAUGUUUUGGAGUUGCAGACAGAGUAUCUUUAAUGAGAUGAAGAAGAAAUUUGUGCAGAUAGAAAAUGCUGCUGAUGAACCGAGAGUGCUGUGCAUAGUGCAAGACGUAACCAACUGCAAGACCAUCAACGAGCAGAUCCCCCUGAACCUCCCAGCCUCCACCUCCGUGCGCCAGCUGUUUGAGGACGUGUCCAGCAAAGUGGGCUAUGUGACUGGGACAUUCAGCCUGAAGUGGGGAAAUGGAGACAUGACCGAGCUGGAUCCCAAUCUGGAGCGGUCAUUAGUGGAUGCCGGCUUUGAAGCAGGAAAGAGAAAUUUCCUCCAUUUAACGGAUAAGAAUGGAGAGCAGCCUCAGCUGACAUCGGACGAGUCGGGGACGGCAGACAGCAGUGGCCUUGAUGACAGCACGCAGGAGAAGCUGAUAGGACCUCUCCCAAGAGAUGCUUCCGCUGGCUGCACUAGCGACUAUGUCAGCCAGAACUACUCCUAUUCUACACUCCUCACCAAAUCUGACACCGGUUACGUGGGCUUGGUAAACCAGGCCAUGACAUGCUACCUGAAUAGCCUUCUGCAAACACUGUUCAUGACUCCAGAGUUCCGCAAUGCGCUGUACAAGUGGGCGUUUGAGGACAAGGAAGAGGACCCAGUGACCAGUAUCCCGUACCAGCUGCAGAGGUUAUUUGUUUUGUUACAAACCAGUAAGAAGAGGGCGAUUGAGACGACAGACGUGACCAAGAGCUUUGGCUGGGACAGCAGUGAGGCGUGGCAGCAGCACGAUGUACAGGAGCUGUGCAGGGUCAUGUUUGAUGCUCUGGAGCAGAAAUGGAAACAAACCGAGCAGGCUGACCUUAUAAAUCAGCUGUAUCAGGGAAAGCUGAAGGACUAUGUCAGAUGCUUGGAGUGCGGCUACGAGAGUUGGCGGAUUGAUACAUUUCUGGACAUUCCGCUUGUCAUCCGGCCCUAUGGCUCCAACACAGCGUUCGGUAGCGUGGAAGAAGCGUUGCAUGCGUUCAUUCAGCCUGAGACCCUGGAUGGUCCUAACCAGUACUUCUGCGAGCGCUGUAAGAAGAAGUGUGACGCUAUGAAGGGACUGCGAUUUCUGCACUUCCCUUACCUCCUGACGUUGCAGCUGAAGAGAUUUGACUUUGAUUACACCAGCAUGCACCGAAUCAAGCUGAACGAUCGCAUGACCUUCCUGGACGAGCUGGAUAUGAGCCCGUUUAUUGAUGUUGAAGAUGAGAAGUCCCCUCAGACAGAGAGCUGCACAGACAGCGGGGCAGAGAACGAGGGCAGCUGUCACAGCGACCAGAUGAGCAAUGACUUCUGCACGGAUGAUGUCCUGGACGAAGGCAUCUGCCUGGAGAGUAACAGCAGCGUUGAGAAGCUGAAUAAGUUAUCGGAAAAGAAUUCUUUGUAUGACCUGUUUUCCGUGAUGGUCCAUUCAGGCAGUGCGGCGGGCGGACAUUACUAUGCCUGUAUCAAGUCCUUUGCCGAUGAGCAGUGGUAUAGUUUCAAUGACCAGCACGUCAGCCGGAUAACCCCAGAGGAUAUUAAGAAAACCCAUGGAGGAGCCACAGGAAAUCGAGGUUACUACUCCAGUGCCUUUGCCAGCUCCACCAACGCUUACAUGCUCAUGUACCGCCUGAAGAACCCGGCCAGAAAUGCAAAGUUUCUGGAAUCGAGCGAGUUCCCAGAUCACAUCAAACAUCUGGUGCAGAGAGAGAAGGAGCAGGAAGAGGAGGAGAGGCGGCAGCGGGAGAUUGAGCGCAAUACGUGUAAACUAAAGCUAUACUGCAUGCAUCCUGGCAAACAAAUCCUGAUGGAGAACAAGCUGGAGGUUCACAAGGAUAAGACCAUGAAAGAGGCUUUGGAAAUUGCAUACAAGAUCAUGGACUUGGAAGGUGUGGUCUCGCUGGAUUGCUGCCGGUUAGUGAAAUAUGACGAGGUUCACGACUACUUGGAACGCUCUUACGAGGAUGAAGAAGACCGACCAAUGGGACUCCUGCUUGGGGGUGUUAAGUCCUCAUAUAUGUUCGAUCUGCUAUUGGAAACCAAACGCCCAGAGCAGGUGUUCCAGUCCUAUAAGCCUGGCGAAGUGAUGGUGAAAGUCCACGUAGUGGAUCUGAAGACGGAUACUGUGGCUCCUCCGGUCAGCGUCCGUGCCUAUCUCAGUCAGACCAUCCAGGAGUUCCGGCAGCUAAUCUCUAAGAGCAUAGAUUUGCCAACGGAGCCCAUGCGGGUCGUCCUGGAACGCUGUUACAAUGAUCUUCGUCUUCUCGGCGUGCCCAACAAAACGCUAAAAGCAGAGGGGUUCUUCAGAAGCAAUAAGGUGUUUGUAGAAAGCUCGGACUCCACCGACCACCAGCUGCCCUUUGCAGACUCUCAGCUGUGGAAGCUCCUAGACCGUCACGCCAACACCAUCAGACUGUACGUCACCCUUCCCGAGCACGCGCCAGGAUCCCAGGCUCGUCGCUCCCCCUUCCCGAAGACAUGUGGGAACUCGCACCACCAGGGGGAGUCGUGUGAGCGGUCGGAAGGUAGCAGUAAAUCUGUGGACGCGAUUUUGGAAGAAAGCACUGAGAAGCUGAAGUCCCUGUCACUCCAGCAGCAGGAGGAGGGGGGGAACGGCGACAGCAGUAAGAGUACGGAGGGUAGUGACUUUGAAAAUAUUGACUCUCCGCUGAUUGAUGCCGAUUCCUCAGGGUCAGCCGACAACAGAGAACUCGAGAACCGAAUUCUCCCAGCUGACCCUGAGAACAACUUCCAGUCGGAGGAGCGUUCGGACUCAGACGUUAAUAACGACCGUAGCACCAGCUCUGUGGACAGUGACAUUCUUAGCUCAAGCCAUAGCAGUGACACCCUUUGCAAUGCGGACAAUGCUCCAAUCCCCUUGGCCAAUGGGCUUGAUUCGCACAGCAUCACCAGCAGCCGCAGAUCCAAAGCCAACGAGGGAAAGAAAGAAACGUGGGAUACAGCCGAGGAGGAUUCUGGGACAGACAGCGAGUAUGACGAGAGUGGGAAGAGCCGGGGGGAGGUGCAGUACAUGUAUUUUAAGGCAGAACUACAUGGGGAGGAAGGAUCUGGGGAAGGGCAGAAAAGUUUACUGGUGAAUGUAGAUAAAAGAAUCACACUCUCCGCUUUCAAACAGCAGCUGGAGCCUUUUGUGGGGGUCCUGUCCUCUCAGUUUAAAGUCUUCAGGGUUUAUGCCAGCAAUCAGGAGUUUGAAAGUGUCCGUCUGAACGAAACGCUCUCUUCCUUUUCCGAUGACAACAAGAUCACCAUUCGGCUGGGUCGGGCGCUGAAGAAAGGGGAGUACCGUGUGAAAGUAUUCCAGCUUUUAUUAAAUGAGCCCGAGCCGUGCAAGUUCCUGCUUGACGCUGUGUUUGCUAAAGGGAUGAGCGUACGGCAGUCUAAAGAAGAGUUGAUUCCACAGCUCAGGGAGCAGUGCGGGCUGGAGCUCUCCAUAGACAGAUUCCGAUUACGCAAAAAAACCUGGAAGAACCCCGGCACGGUGUUCCUGGACUACCACGUGUAUGAGAAUGAGAUUAGCAUUUCAAGCAACUGGGAAGUCUUCCUGGAAGUGCUGGAAGGCAAUGAGAAGAUGAAGUCUAUGUCCCAGCUCUCCCUGCUCACUAAGAGAUGGCGACCGUCACAGCUUACGUUGGAUCCCUUCCAGGAGAUUGUGCUGGAGACCAACAGUGUGGAUGAGCUGCGGGAGAAGAUCUGUGAAAUCAGUGGACUUCCGAUGGAAAAUCUAGAAUUUGCAAAAGGGCGGGGGGCUUUUCCCUGUGACAUCUCUGUUCUGGAGAUUCAUCAAGAUUUAGACUGGAACCCCAAGGUAUCAACACUGAAUGGCUGGCCUCUGUACAUCUCGGAUGACGGCGCUGUGAUAUUUUACAGGGAUGAUGGUGAAGAAUUGGUCGAAUUAACCGAUGAGCAGAGGAAUGAACUGAUGAAAAAGGAAAGCAGCCGGCUGCAGAAAACUGGACACCGCGUCACUUGCUCUCCCCGCAAAGAGAAGGCACUAAAAAUUUACCUAGACAGAGCUUCAAAUAAGGCCCCCUCACAAGACUGACAUACGGCGUAGCGGCCAUCUUGGAUAGCCGCCUUUCCACAGACACGUUCACUCCCGCGGAGUGGCGCGCCUCGGCUGGGGACAGUCGUUGAGUGUGAAGCUACGACACCAGCACUGAUUGGUGGACUGUUCAGCCAAUCAGCAGCCUAGUACCCUACGGGGGUCACUGUUUGUGACUUGUAAUCAUGUUCUGCACUAUGGUCGAUUUAAACUGUAAAGCUGAAAGGGACGUGCAAAUAAGAAUAAAAUAUAUAUAUAUAUAUUAAAUAAAAUCAAGCCAGGGGCGCGGUGGAAAAAUGGGCAUCACCUUGCUCAGGUUAGAUGGGUGUGGCUAGAGCCCUGGUUGGCUUCAGGCUCCUCAGAAGGUCUGGGAGGGUCUUUUUAUUUUGCUGAUACACGCAUUACCUCAUUGAAUGAUGGAGAGUGAAGCACAGCUUGCAGGAGAGAGGCCGAGACGCUUAGACCUAACUGCGACACAAUCUCUCUAGCCCGAAGACUGCUUUAUAAACAUUGACUUCGUCUCUCGCCUGCAGGUGGGGUGAGACGGGCUCCAGGCGCAGCUGAGGGGGGUCACGCGUUGACCGACGAGGUUUUGAAACCGGGGCUGGUCGAUAGCAAUAGAGCAAGUUUUGCGGUGUUUCAUCUCCUGUGGAUCUGUAAGUCCAGGCGUGCCCCUGCCAGCCUCUCUAAUGCUGGGACUUGUAGUUCCACAGGAAGCGGAAAGCCCAGGUUGCCAACUGAGCAAUCAUCUGCUGUGUUUCGUUGAGUGUAAAUAAGUCCCCCUUUCCUAUACAAAAAGUACAAAAUCCCCCCCAGCUAUGCUGUUCCUAGGUGACUGCAUAUCAACACUGUGUCCCCUGGGAGGUUUAGCUGCCUAUUUAAGUUCCUCCUCACUGCUGUUUGAGUAUCCUGGUACUAUAGACUUCUUCUAUAUUUGUUUUUAGUUUUUCUUCUUUCUUUUUUCUUUCUUUUUUUAUAUUUUUUGGGAUACUGUUUUUAGUGUUCAACACCUUUUUUUUUUUUUUUUUUUUUCCUUUUUGUUCUCUCCGCUUUUUAUUUAAGUUGUCCUGAGUUAGUGGUUUUGCGUUCAGUAAUCACCAUUUCAUCCGCAUAGAAACACACAAGUGUGUAACAGCUCCGCAUUACUUUUGAAAUUUCCAUCUAAUUUAUAACAGAUCGAUAUAAGGUUUUGAUAAACUUUUUUUUUCCAUGCCGACCGCUGUUUACAACAAUGAACAUGCCAAUAAAUAAAAGGUGUUAAAAUAUG